ACUGGUGUUGGAAUCGAGUCAUUAAACUUCUUUCCGGUCUAUUUAAGCUAAUCCCUGUGAUUGCUAGUGGGAUCCGAGAGUUUUGCUGAGCGAGUCUUAAGUGGGCUGUUAUGUUGCUAGCUAUUGUACAUAGAGAGUAGAUUUAAAUUAAUUUAAUUGUUUUUGUUUGGUUUACGAGGUUUUGCUUUUUGUAAGGUCUUGUUUAGAAUGAGAUGGGGAAUGGUGGAGGGAAGUGUGCGAGUAGGGAGCAGAGUGCGCGUUCGUCGCGGCCGCCAAGGCUUCGGUCCAAGAGGCGCGAGACACUCGUGCAGGCGUCCACAAGUUCAGUUGCGUUGAAGCCAAGUUCCAGCAAGGAGAAGGCCAUCGAGUUCGACCCUGCCACUCUGGUGCCUGUGAUUGGCAAGAAAGACCCUACUGAAGUUGCGAAAUUCAACGAUGAUGGCGACAAUCGGAUCGAUACAAAUAUUACCUUUGAUGUGGACAAUGCUGCGAACGAGUCGGGAAGGAGGCUCCAAGACGACGAGAUCCAAAGAGUUGAUAUGAAGGUCGCAGAUAUGCUCCUCGAGGACAGGAGCAUACCUGUUAACAAUCGAACAGCUGAUCCGGGACAAAUUCCCGCCAUUCCGGGUGAAACUGAGGACGAUGCAUAUGGUUUUUCAGUGGAAACCCCGCUGGAGAGGUCGGCGAGUCUCACGGACAGCGAGAAUCAGGGUUCUCUGACAGCGCCUCUAGCCACCAGUGAGACCGAGGGAGCGACAUCCCACAAUUCCAGAACCUCGGCUGACACGACGGCUUCUCCUCGGGAUUAUCAACCGUGGAAGGAGUGGUUUUCCAACUGCACAGGAGAACUCGGCGAAAAGGUUUUGGACGUUGUCUUCUUUCAUGGCCUCCAAAGAGGUCAUGGAAGGAGCGCGCGAGAAAAAACAUGGACCAAUUCUGAUGGAGCACUCUGGCCGAGGGAUUGGCUACCACGUUUGCUUGAAGGAAUUCUCAACGGGAGAAAGCUGCGAGUGCUGGGCAUUGCAUACAACGCACAAGCAAGUUCGUGGCGAACUGGUGAUUAUGGUGUGAGAGCCGAUGGACAUAAAGAUAUUGCUCAUAAUUUGUCCCAGAUUCUGAUCGUGUCUGAAAGUUGUCCCUUGGGAAGAAAUCCAUUUGUAUUAGUCAGCCAUUCUUAUGGUGGUAUUGUCAUAAAGAGCUUGGUGGCCUAUUGCAAUGGCGUUUCCAAUUCACCACUUGAGAGAGGAAUGGAUCGUCUCAAAAUUGCAGAAAGCCACGCCGCUGCUAAGUUUAUGGAAGAGCUCCAGGCGUGUGUGUUCUAUGGUGUGCCUCAUAGAGGAUCAAUUUUUGCCACAAUCGCCAGUUGCUUUUUAUUGCGCACGGGAAGGACUGUUUCCGAACUGAGGCCUGGCAGUCGGGAGAUUUUGCAAUUGAAUAGAGAAUAUGAGUUGGCUAUGCAAAAGCGACAUGUGAUACAAUACGCAUUUGUUGAAACCAUUCCGGUGGUAUGGAACUGCAUGGUGGUAGAUUCUUCUUCUGCACGAGGGUCCCUUGAUGAUCAUGAAUAUGUGGCUCUACCGGGCACCAGUCACAAGACUGUGUGCAAGCAUAGGACAAUUCAAUCUGUAGGGAUUGUAAAGUUUGUAGAGUUGAUCAAGAAAGUUGCAACAGCCCUGGAUCCUGCACCAUUAGUGGUGCCUAUCUCUACGAAUGAAAAUGCGUAUUCAGGUCACCCUAUUCACAGAGGUGAUGCGGCCCAAAACUGCAAUGAAGAGACCCAAGGACGUGAUAUGAAGGUCGCAGAUGCGUUUCUUCUUGAGGACAGGAGCAUACCUGUUAACAACCGAACAGCUGAUCCGGGACAAAUUCCCGCCGUUCCGGCUCAUGUGACCAAUAUGAUCAGGGAUAAGGCCCCUGCACCCACGCGUAAAGAUACAUGUGCGGCGGCGCAGUUGGGGUCCACGUUGUACGUGGGGAACUUGGCGUGGAGUGUUGGCGAAGCGGACCUUGCCAAGGUUUGCCAAGGUUUGCAUGUGGGCGACGUGAAGAAAGUGGAGGUGAUUUAUGACCAGCAGCGCCGGAAGAGCCGAGGGUUUGCGUUCGUGACGAUGGCCACCAACGACGACGCGCACGCUUUGAUCAGUGCAUUGGACGGCUUUUAUAUGAGAGGGAGGGCGUUGAAGGUGAACUUCGCGCACAAGUGGUUGACUCCGCGGUUUAAGAGGCGAGAGGGGUGAGAGGGGGGGCAGAGGGGUUCUUUAUUAUUACUAGUUAGUUGUACAAGAUUUUGCGAGCUGUUUUCUUGUUCUUGAUUGCUCAG